UGACAAUCUGUCAAUCCGACCCACCAGCAAAUGAAUAUUUUGCAUAGAAAGAAAUUCUUUUCCCGUCGUUCUCUCGAAAAUAAUCUCGGGUUUUUGACCGUCUUUCUUUCGAGUUCCGACACUACGUGGGUUAUUAAUAAAAGUGAAUAUACACAUCGUAGGAACCUAGAAAAAUAAUUUCAAGUUUAUUUUUAAUUCAGUAAUUUGGUUUUUACGAUUAAGUUCUCAAACGAGAUAAAUCUUUUCCUCGUAGUUCCGUAUAUGACUAAGACAUUGUCGGAAGGAAGAUCGUGUUGGAUAUGAACUUUAUCGAACUGUAAAAGUGGUGUGAGAUUAUUUGGUGGGUUAUUUUAUGUGAUGUCUGACGGAGAUCCAUCUCUCGAAGAGGAUGUGCCAAAACCUCUACUUAAACAAGAAGAAAAUGUGUUUACGCCAAAGAUAGCGACUCCCAUAUACGCAGGCGGUGUAAAACUGCACCACAAGAGAUCUGACGCUGGAGAGACCGAAUCCUUCUUGUCUGAUGCUCAAAGAAAUGAGCUCGCAUUCCAACAACUAUUCCAAGAUGGAGCUGGAGCAUUUCACGAGGCGGAGAGGGAGGCCCAAGAGAACGGGGAGCUUCAGGCGAUGUCAGACAAUCUGUCGCAGGAAAUGAACACCGACCGAGACAAUGGUAGCGAAGCUUCAACCCGUCCAGCUGAAGACUUUACUUGUGGCGAUCCAGCUAUAACCCUUGGUCCAAACGGCAAUGGCAAACCUCCAGCCAACCAUUGCUCGAUAGUGAUGGGAGGUAUCCUAAAUAAUCCUUCCCUCACGUUCAACGAUGGUGUUCGAUCGAUAGACUAUGUGCUAGUAUGGGAGGCGUUCAAGGAGGACGCCUCUACGGCAGCGGCGUACGAGCAGAGAAAGAUUUUCGAACAGAAUCUAGAGCUCGAAGGCCUGCAGCUUGAACGAGAAGCGCCAGAAAACUUGUAUGGACUGAAUUUUGUUAAGAUCCACGCCCCCGUGUCUGUGUUAAGAGACUACAGUGAGAUUCUCAAGCUUCGGAUGCCGAUGAAGGAUUGCAGUAAGAUAAAGAAGUCUGGUCAGGCGAAUGCGAUAGUGCAGGCAGCAUUGUAUAUGUCUAAGUUCACAGCAUUGAAAGACGUGCACGAGAAGACGAACAGCCUGGUGGAACAAGUGGACGCUUGCUGGGAUCGCUUCAUGUCGAAGAUACGCGUCGACACUGACAUGUUCCCCGAGAGGAAACACCGACUCACUGCCAUAUACUCGAAGGACAAGGAAUAUUUAUUCGACACGACAGCUGAAUGCUUCUGGACACCAUCCAUUCGUUCCCGCAUCGUUCAGUUCAUUCUCGACCGAAAAAAGUUCUCAGAGGCUACGAACGACGACUUCGCCUUUGGCAUCACAAGACUGAUAUCUAAUUGUACUUAUAGCGCUGCCUACCCCCUACACGACGGUGAUCUCAAAACUCCCGGGUCCAUGCGGCACCUCUUGUAUACAGAAUGGGCCGCCGUCUCCAAAUGUAUCAAGUAUCAACCUUUAGACUACGUCAAGGAUUAUUUUGGUGUUAAAAUAGGUUUAUACUUUGCUUGGCUCGGUUUUUACACACACAUGCUCAUACCUGCCUCUAUAGUAGGCGUAAUAUGCGUCAUCUACUCCGCUGCCACUGUUUACGAUAAUACGCCUAGUGAAGACGUAUGCAACUACAACUCGUCUGUAAAGAUGUGUCCGCAAUGUGAUUACUUCUGCGACUUCUGGGAUCUAAAGGCGACGUGUCUUCAGUCUCGGAUAACCUACCUCUUUGAUAACCCCACCACUGUGUUCUUCGCUAUAUUCAUGAGUUUUUGGGGGGCAUGUUUCCUUGAGCUAUGGAAGCGAUACUCUGCAGAGAUGACGCAUCGCUGGGACCUGACUGGCUUCGACGUGUACGAGGAACAUCCGCGGCCGCAGUACCUCGCUAGACUGGCGCAUGUUAAGAGGACACAGUUGAACGUGGUAACAGGCGAACGGGAACCGAUGGUACCAUUCUGGCGCAUGCGUCUCCCGGCAACCCUCAUGUCAUUCAGUGUAGUCGCUCUUCUAGUCCUAAUGGCCCUAGCUACGGUAUUAGGGGUGGUCCUAUACCGAAUGUCCCUUUUGGGCGCCACAAUCUUGCGAAACGGAAACGCUCUAACUACGUACAACCCUAUAAUGUUUACUACGGCGACUGCUGCCUGCAUCAAUUUGUGCUUCAUCUGUUUGUUCAAUUAUGUCUACCAAUACUUAGCAGAAUGGCUGACGGAAAAGGAGCUCUUGCGUACACAAACAGAAUUCGAUGAUUCCUUAACUUUGAAGAUCUACUUACUGCAAUUUGUGAACUAUUACGCGUCCAUUUUCUAUAUAGCCUUCUUUAAGGGCAAGCUCAUUGGUCGGCCAGGAGAUUAUGUGCGGUUAUUUGGACAUAGACAGGAAGAGUGUGCCCCUGGCGGUUGUCUGUUAGAGUUGUCGAUCCAGUUGGCGAUUAUAAUGGUGGGCAAGCAGUUCAUAAACACCAUUGUGGAGAUGCUUAUGCCGUACCUACUCAAGUGGUGGUAUAUCAUCAGAACUAUUGGCAGGAAAAGACAAAUAAAGAGUCCUUUGCAAUGGGUGAAAGAUUUUAAACUAGUCGACUUCGGUAACAUGGGAUUGUUCCCCGAGUACUUGGAAAUGGUUCUACAAUACGGGUUUGUGACAAUAUUUGUGGCGGCGUUUCCCCUGGCGCCCCUGUUCGCCCUGAUCAACAAUGUGCUAGAAAUGAGGUUGGAUGCCAAGAAGUUUUUGACCUGCUACCGCCGCCCCGUGCCGCAGCGGGUCAACGACAUCGGCGUCUGGUACCGCAUACUCGACUCUAUUGGGAAGCUUAGUAUUAUUACGAAUGGUUUCAUAAUAGCUUUCACAUCGGACUUCAUACCGCGUCUAGUGUACCAGUUCACGAACGGCUCUAUGGACCAAUACGUCAACAAUACGCUUGCAGACUUCAAUAUCAGCGUGUUAGAACAUCCCCCUAUCAAGACGACGUAUAACGAGACCAUGUGCAGUUUCCCUGGCUACUGGUAUUACAAGGAGGGCGAUAGCUAUGAGCAUAGUAACUGGUAUUGGCACAUUAUGGGCGCUAGACUUGCCUUCGUCGUCGUUUUCGAGAACGUGGUGGCGCUAGUGAUGAUAAUAGUCCGAUGGGCGAUCCCGGAUAUGUCCGGAGAGUUACGGGACCGGAUAAGACGCGAGGCCUACGUGAUCAACUCGUUCAUCCUGGAGGAGACUCGCGCGCGGUCCGUGCGAGACCAAGGAGAUACGACAGAUUCAAACUGGAACCACAUAGCUUCUAUGUCAGGGUCUGACUUCGAUUUAGCUGCCCACGGUGACCAUCAGAACAUCAGGGAUAUUGGGAAGCAUGUCGUCGGCGAGAUCGACGACCAACCGCCGCCUGCGCACGUAUAGUGCCUUAAAAAAAGAACGCCAGUAAAGUACGUAUAGAUAUUAAAUGGAAUUGUAUCUUUUUGGGUCGUUGAACUUUUAAUUUGUGUAUGUAUGUUGUCCAAAGAUACUGUUUUCUGUGUUAUUUUUACGAGGCUUUAUUUGAGGCCAGAUACAUCAUACAUAAGUUUACGUAUCGUUAUUGUUUCGUAGAUCGAAUGUAGUUACAAUAUAACGCUAGAAUGUUUGUCUAGUAGUUCCUUAAGGCGCUGUUGCCACCUGUCCAUGGUAGUUCUAUUGUUUUUUUUAUAUAUCGAUGUGCUGUAUAUCUAUGGAGGAUUAAUCUAAGCAAUGAAAUAUCGCGUGUAGACGUGGUUAACAGAGAGAGUGUGUUAAAUUGUGUCACAUAAUGAUACAAAGGUUGCUAAAAAGUUUUGAGCAUUAAGUACAUCGAUGAUUAAGUAGUAAAAGACGCUUCUGAGAAAAGGAAGUUUACAGUUUAAUUGGAAAAGUUCAUAUAGAGAUUUCCACUGGAUAGUAUCUUGAGAAAUUAGCGAUACUUAGGUCUAGCCAGUAGCCAGUACCAAGUCUUCAAAAACUUCCCACAAGUAGAAGAAAUUAGCAAGUGGAGAAGGAUUUAGCAUUAAUGACCACGUGGUUGAAGAUGCGAUUAGCGAUUUAAAACUUAUAGCUAGAAAUUAUAAAUUCAGGUUUUCUCACAAUGGUUUUGUUUAACGUACGCGUACGUCCACUUUAGGAAAUACAUAUAACCUUGAAAAAGUCACAUUGAUACUUGCCAGGUUACGGUCCUUAUACUUGAGAGGCUGACAUCUACUUGGCAUGCUCAAAACUUUUCAGCUUUCAGAAAAUACAAGCUUAAAACACUGACCUACAUUAAUUACUAUUAUGUACCGAAAUGUAACUUGCUUAUUUGCUAAUUAUAUAAAAAAAGCAAUAACAGUAACCGAAUACUGUACAGUCUAGUCCCUUUCAAAGAUAUUAGAUUAAAAGGGAAAUACGUGAUCUGAUAUUAAUUCACCCGAUUUUGCUUGUUCAAGGUGUGUUAAGAAUUUGCUUUGUGCGAAGAAAUAAUUAACUUUUAAAGCUAAGAUGUGCAAUUUGACCUUCUUUGUAGUGUAGGGAAUAAAGGUUUUGUGCAUAGGAAUAAUCGUGCUGCUAUUUUGACCACGGAUUAGUAAUGAAUGGAGUGCCGGCAGGCAAUUGUGGUAAAUGAAAUUAGUUUUGCCAUAAAACUGGUUAAACUAUUUCUCAAAGCUGCAUAUGAUUAUGAGUUAGUUGAGAAAUUGUGUUUUAAUGCGUAUUGGCACUCCAAUCGUUAUGAAGAAAAACUAGAGUGGUUAUUAAAGGAGGUUUUAGGAA